UCAUCGAGCGCAGCGCAGCCUCCUCUGUUUUCGCAAAUUUAUCGCUUCACUGAUCAUCAGCUGGAGGGUCAGCAGCAGCAGCAGCAGAGCUGUGAUACGAUGCAUUGGGUUGUGCUGCAGCAAUCACGUUUUCGCCUGUGUAGAACCGAGUAGGCGGCACAAAAGAGUUUGUCAGUUGUGUCCGGCAGCAAGCACGCAGAUUGAGUAGUUGGCGAACGGAAACGGAAUAGAGAGUGAGCUGCCGGAAAAGUGGACUGUAGCAAUCAACAAUCUCUCACACCGGAGGCACGGGGGACUCGUCGUGUCACCAUGGAUCUCAAGAAACCGGUAUUGAACAUUGUGGUAGUUGGAUUUCAUCACAAGAAAGGCUGUCAGGUGGAGUUUUCCUACCCACCGCUGGUGCCGGGAACCGAGGGCAAGAACGAAUGCCCAUCCGGCUGGAAGUAUCUGCCGACGCUCGCACUGCCGGACGGUUCACACAACUUUAACUCCGAUACCGUCUGCUUUAACCUGCCCAGCCUGACCGAGCCGCAGCAAUCGGUGUACGGCAUUUCCUGUUAUCGCCAAAUCGCGAUCGAGGACGUAAAGAACCGCACCGCCGAUCUGACGCGCAGCACCGUACAGAAGUCGGUGUGCGCGCUACUGUCGCUUCCCAUCUAUGGUUACGUCGAGGUGAAGCUGUCGCUGAUCGCGCGCGCCUACUUUGAGCAGGGCGAUUUCGCCACCACCGAGUUGCUGGAGAAAGCGUACGAGCAGCUGAAUGCUUGUCUCGAGCCACAGGACACUAUUGGUCCGUCCCGCCUACUCUUCGUCGGUAUGCCGCUGCGAGAUUUGCUACUCAAGUGGAAGCACAAGAUGCUAAUAUUGUUCAAGUUGCAGCUGCUGCAAAAACGCGUGCUUUACUUUGGCUCACCGGUACAGCCCACGUGCUCGCUGAUACUCAGCCUUGUCUCGCUGCACCCUGAGCUGAUCGCCAAAGGUUUUCAGCAGGUAGCCUGCGUCAAAACAACAGUAGAGCAGCCGCCAUUCACCGCACUACCGACCGGUCAACUAUCGCCCACCCAUCAAGAGUAUAACGCCCAGGAAGCGUCUUGUAGUGUGCCUAAGGAAACCGUAUCUGGAAACCAUCAAGAGCAGCCGGGCGUUGGCGAGCCGACAUCAACACAGACGAAAAGCGAGUUGGCUGACUACCCGACCACCGCAGUCAUGGGUGGUAGUGAUCCCGAAAACCUCUUCAACUCCGAAGACCGGUCAUCUCUGUCCGGAUCGUCCUCAUCGUCGUUCGCCGAGGGCGACCAGGAAGAAAGCCGACCAAAGAAGCGUCGCUCGUCGGCAGAGCUGGUGCGCGAUGCAAGCAUGUACACAAUCGCGCCCAAUUUCGAGAGCCUGUAUGCGAUCGAACCCGGUUCUUGGGGAGCUCCGCUGCGCAUCUUCGACGAUGGGCACCUCUGCCUACCGUACCUUUCGCUGCCCUAUUUGGAUCUACUGACAGACCCGGCCGUUCACAGUUACACGAUAGGCACAUCCAAUGUGCUGUUCCAGCACAAACGCCAGCUGGCAAACGUGCUAGUCGACGUCGAGGGUGGCAUAAUAGAGAUGCUUGAUCUCGAGACCAAGCGGCAAUUGCAUCUUACCACCGAGGACUUGCGCUUUAUCGACUAUGUCGUGCGCAACGCGCAAACGCCCCGCGAGGACGCCGAAGGUAGUGAGUGCUGGAUACGGAAUCAGCUGUACGGUUAUACAGUAGCACUUCUGAAAACCUCCCUUGAAGGCGGCACGCGACAGGAUAAUUUUAACGCACAUUUCAUGACUGCAUUCAAAGCGACGCACUGCUACAAAGACUGGCUCAAUCGCACAGGCGAGGGGAAUAUACCAGCAUUUGACGAGCUACUCGGUGGACACCCGUUCGCAGGAUCUCUCUCGGUUGCAGAUAUGAAGCUCAAAAUUGCACAAACGAUGCAGAACAGCGAUGGGGGCCGCAAGCUGAAUCAGGCUGUUACCAGCACCAGCCGCGUCGUCGGUACAGCCAUCACGACAGCCAAGGGGGCCUUUUCCAGCUGGUGGAACACCCUUACAACGCCCGUACCGGCUCAAAGCCCAUCGAUUUCGCCACAGCAGGAGGUGACCGAAUGGAAAGUGGAACCGCAGAGCCCUGAGGUGGGGCAGCAUGACGAAGCUACUGGCGCUGCUAGCAUCGAACACGGUGUCAGGCAGCAGCAGAACGCGGCUGUCACCAACGCUGUGAUUGAAAUCGGUAAGGAGGCAGAGCUGUUAAACCGAAUUCAGCUUGUCACCAUGGAAGAUGCUCAACUAUCGUAAAGCACGAACCGGAUAAUGGGUGAUCUAGUUUGGGGGAUUAAGGGGAAAACGGCUAGUCACAGAUAGGGCGGCCUACAUGGUCCAAUCUAAGCACAUCUCGCUCAUCAAUCGACAGUAAAAAAAAGGACAGGGACAAAUCUCGCUUUACGUUUCCUAGGUGACAAUCUCAUCCCCAUCCACCUCGGCAGGGCUAUUCGUUGCGAUGGCGCAUGUACAGUAGGUGUGCGGCCCCCGGCUAUAAUAAGCUCUUUAGCAUGUUACCAAAACUUAUCUUCCUUUUUACUUUCAUUGAUGAAUUCGGUUGUUUAGUCAUAAUUUAAAACAAGGCGAAACGAAACCUUAACAACCUUGCGACUAGUGAAGCUAGGUACGCAUCGGUUACAAAUGCGCGUAACGACGCAUUUUGCGAUACCUUAUCUCGUUCCCGGCUCCCUCCAGAGUGAGACGCGUUGACUCAUUGCUCACGGAUCGUACUUCCCUUUCUAUCAGUUUGCCUUCUGCCUCGCACAUUCUAUAAGACGACGUCUGAGCGAAUUCGACAUUCCAUUGUUCGUUGCCAAGCUAUCCAAUAUGCACUUGAAUUUGUUUCAACUCUUCGAGCUAGCGUGCUUACAUAAAACGGAAUACAGGAGAGAGAUCGUCGAUCAAUCAUCUAUCACUUAUUCGGGGCAUAACAUAAAAUGUAAUGUAUUAAUGUAAGGCUUUUUUCAUCAAUGUUCCCGAGGACACCGCUAGCUAUAAAUAAAAUAGUCCAGCGCAUUUCCAUGCUACGUACAAUAAACUCUGGAAACCAA